CGGUUGUGAUGUGCUCUUCUGAUAAGCCCAAUGUUUAGUGACUAAAGAACCUUUGUAUACAACCCAGGGCAUGUUCCUUCUGGAAGCUUUCAGCAAGUUCUGUUUGCCAGGUGCUGUGCUGGACGCCUUGGGCCAGGAGGUGUUUGCUGUCUUCAAUCAAUGACUCUUUGUCUUGCACGUGGGGCUGCACAGAGCAGAGGACUCCAUGAGGCACCUCAAAAAAGGGAGGGAUGAGUGAAUGGGCCACUUCAUAAAACGAUGUACAGGACCAGUCUCAUGUCUUUCGGUACCCUGGGUCAUCUCUCCAGCAUCCCUUGCCCCGGUGCAUGGAGGCGUACAGUUGAUGGACUGGACAAAGCUUCUAUAGCAAAUUCGGAUGGCCCAACAGCAGGCUCCCAGACACCUCCCUUCAAGAGAAAGGGGAAACUGUCCACCAUCGGUAAAAUCUUUAAGCCUUGGAAAUGGAGGAAAAAGAAGACCAGUGACAAAUUUAGAGAAACCUCAGCAGUAUUAGAAAGGAAGAUAUCCACAAGACAAAGUAGAGAGGAGCUGAUAAGAAGGGGCGUUCUUAAGGAGUUGCCUGAUCAAGAUGGAGAUGUAACAGUUAACUUUGAAAAUUCAAACGGGCACAUGAUACCCAUCGGAGAGGAAUCUACCCGAGAGGAAAAUGUAGUAAAAUCUGAAGAAGGUAAUGGCUCUGUAGCUGAAAAAGCGCCACUUCUGGAGGAAAAGGCAGAAGAUAAGAAAGAGAACACUGAAAACCACUCUGAAACACCGGCAACUCCUGUUCCAUGUCCUCCAGCUCUUCCUAAGCCUAAACCCAAACCUAAGCCCAAAAAAACACCUGUGCCUCCAAAAGGGGCUGCUGCCGGGGCAAGCCCCAAGGGUGACGAAGUGCCUCCUAGUAAAAAAAUUACCAAGGCUCCUGGUAAGCAGGCCCCCAUCCCUCCACCCAAGCCAACAAGCCGAAACACGACCAGAGAGGCUGCUGGUUCCUCUCAUUCAAAAAAAACAACUGGGUCCAAAGCCUCAGCUUCACCAUCUACUUCCUCCACCUCGUCUCGUCCCAAAGCUUCAAAGGAGACGCUUUCUAGCAAAACAGGGACAGUGGGAAUCACAAAGGGCAAGAAAAAAAGUGGCAAGCAGCCAACCUCUCGACCGUCCACAGAUGCAACCCCUUCUGGCACGUCCGACCUUAAAGGAGAACCUUCUGAGACGAGGGCAGAGAGUCUCAAACCUGAGCAGACUGUCCCUGGGACCCAUGAGCAGACCUCAGGCACAUCUCAGUCUGCAGUCCCUCCACCUGCUCUGGCUCCACCGCCUCCUCUCCCCGCCCCUCCUCUUCCUCAGGAGGAGCAGUGCUCUGUUGCCUCAGACACUCCUGUUGUCCUGGUCAGCAGUGGAGCUGACCUGCCCGUCCCUGCCUUAGACCCAAGUCAGCUUCUCUGGACCGAAGAGCCAGCCAACAGAACCACUGUCCUCUCAGGCACUGGCUUGAGUGUUAGCAGAGAAAAUGCAAAAUGUUUUACAACCAAAGAUGAGCCAGGAAAGGUGACACCUCAGCUACUGACUCCUGGGCUGAUGGGAGAAUCUUCAGAAUCCUUCAGUGCCCCGGAGGACGAAGGCCAAAGGGAUUACCAGUCCAAUGACUCGGACUCUGAUGGGCCUGUCUUGUACACUGAUGAUGACGACGAUGAAGAGGAUGAAGACGAGGAUGGCAGUGGAGAAAGUGCUUUGGCAAGUAAAAUACGACGAAGGGAUACUCUUGCUAUCAAACUUGGCAACAGACCAUCAAAGAAGGAACUAGAGGACAAAAACAUCUUGCAGCGCACAUCUGAAGAGGAGAGGCAGGAGAUCCGACAGCAAAUUGGAACCAAGCUCGUCAGGAGGCUUAGCCAGAGGCCCACGACUGAAGAAUUAGAGCAAAGAAAUAUCCUAAAACAGAAGAAUGAAGAAGAAGAACAAGAAGCAAAAAUGGAACUUAAACGCAGACUCAGCAGAAAGCUCAGCCUGAGGCCCACGGUGGCGGAGCUACAAGCUCGAAGGAUCCUGCGGUUUAAUGAGUAUGUAGAAGUCACCGAUUCUCCUGACUACGAUCGCCGGGCAGACAAGCCCUGGGCCAGGUUAACACCUGCAGACAAGGCAGCAAUAAGGAAAGAACUAAAUGAAUUUAAAAGCACAGAAAUGGAAGUUCAUGAAGAGAGUCGACAGUUUACAAGGUUUCACCGUCCAUAAUGAAGUGUGAGACUCUUUGGAAACAUAGACUGAUCAUCUUUGGGGGAAGCCUCUCUUCCUGAAAACCUGAUAUUGCACUGGGAUUUGAAUGUGUGUGUUUCCGUUGAACUGGUGAAGGAAGUGUAUGGAAAGUGCUCCCCACUUGCACAGCCCAGAUGGGGCCAACGAGCAAAGGGAGGGGUGCAGUGACUCUGCUGUCCAGCAUGUGUAUUGAUGGUAAGCAACACCAUGGUUACAUCAGUUAUUCUCCAUCAGGAGUUUUAAUAAAAGAAGAUGAGCAGAAGACAAUCGCUGGCUCCCUGUUUCCAGAAAGCCAAAUUGUAGAGUGCAGGUUAAAGAGAAAUUGGGGCCUGGAGUUGCUGGGCACUGGAAAGGGGUGGGGGUGGAAAAUCAGAAAAAAAGAGAAAUAUUUCAUUAUGUUAAUGAAGAAAAGAGAAAAAUCGAAGCAUAAAUAUUUUUGAAGAAAGCUUUUGGUAGCUGAGAACUUAUUAAGAUAUGGGAAUCUAAUCACCUAACGUGGAUUCCUUAAAGACCUGAUCCUGGAAUAUUCUCGUUUCACCGUUAUGUUGGUGCAGUAUAGUACCAUUAUUUUAUGUUGUGCCAGUGAAUCCAAUUGCCAGAAAUAAGUCUGAGUGUUUUCAUGCAUCUUUUUCUUAAAUGCAAGAGUUUUAUUGACUCUUAACAAGCAUGCCUGCCCAAAUUUUGUUGCAUGUUUUAAGUGGCAUAGCUAUACACACUUUUUUUUUUAAUACUCCUUAUCUAAUGUACCAAACUUCUACAAGGAUAACAGGACUGGGAAUAAAGUCAGAUGAAUGUGAUCCUAUAAUUCUGUAGGAAGCUUUAGAAAUAAAUCUUUUGGUCUUUCCCUAGCUUGAUUAUCUUCAAAGUUGAAGUAACCAUACUUGAUCUAAGGAAGAUAAUAUUGACAAUCACGACACCUUUUUAAAAAAUCUGAGUCCAAAGGCAAAUGUAAAUGUUCUGCCAGCAGUUAGUUCUGAAUGGGCAUGGAAAGGACUACUUAUUUUCAGGGCUGCAUUAUGUUGGAUUGCUGCUAUUAAAAAAAUUAAGUACAUGGAUCAAAAAUAUAUAUAUAAAUACCCGAAGGCAAAACAACACAGAAAAUUUCUGCUAAGUUGCAAGUGAGGAGAACCUCAUUUUGUAUUUUAAGAGUCUGCAGAUUGCAUCUGUAAGUAUAGCAUUGACUUGCAAUGCAAAAGAAUCAGUGAGAUUAAAGUCACGGAAGGUUCCUCUGUGAGCCUACAGUCAGUAUUGUUUACAUUAAGAAACCCUCAAUUGCCAUCCUGCUAUUUUCCGUGGAGUUGCAGGCACAGCAUGGCUUCUGCUCCCAAAUACAUAUGAUCAGAUGUAAAUACUACCUUGCAUUCAAUUGUUCUUUCAUGAUUGUUUUGUGCUCCUUUUAUUGAAAACACAUGAGACCUACAAUAACAAGACAAGACCUAGUAGACUUUGUUUUAUCUUCAGAGCUUGGGCUAGAAUUUUCUGAAAUGCUUCUGGUUGAUGAUAUGGAAGACUGUAAUUGGUGAUUUCAACCAAAAAAAGCAAACAUUUAAUCUGGUGGAUAAGUUUGGGUCCUGUCAUUCAUUGAUGUUUUAUAGAACCACUUGAAAUUGGGUGAUUUUGCUUAAAAAUAAAAAGUUUUAGCCCCAGUUGGCCUAUUACAAAAAGCCGGGACCAUUUUCUAAGAAAAGUAAGCAGCAUUGUUGCACCUUUUGCUGUACUCAGAUACAUGCGUAAUAAACCCAGAUUCUGUACUGUUGUCAUUUCGUUACUUGUAUAAGAUGUAUUUUUGCUUUUGAAAAAAAAUGUUCUGCGUGCCCAAGUGUCUUUCUCUGGCUGAAAGGUUUUGUCCGUUUCAUAGUAUUUAAAUCCAACCACGGACAUUAACUUUGUUCUAAUUUUUUGCCGAAGCCAUCCUUUUCCUUAUAAUAUUAUUAUAUUAUCAUUGUUGUAUCUUGGGAAAUGUUCCAAGGAAUGUAAUGUUAUUUUAAUUUUCUAUACUUAAAAUCUUUAAAUGUUAUAAUUUUUAAUCAUGAGGCCUCUAUAAAAUGGUAAAUAUAAGACAUUAUCACUGUUUUAGCACUCAAAAUACAUGCCAUAGAAAGUCUCUACUUGGUUGAUAAAAGGAGCAGUUUUUUCCCCACUCAUGGUGCAUAUGAUGCAGUUUUUUUAUUUUCUACAAUGAGAUGCACCCGGUACAAAGACGAGACUCCUGUCCCUCUUGAUAUGUCAGAUUUAUGAAUGACCCACACUCUUUCUUCAAACCGACUGACACAUUUAAACAAAAGUUUAAAAGAGCGAAAUUAAAAAGUCAAAAAUAUUACCACUGCUAGUCUAAUACUUAGGAAUUGGAACCACCAGUUACAUCAUUAGAAUGAUUCUUUACAUUAAAAGCUAUGGAAAGAAUCGAAGGAUUGUGAGCUAACCUGUAUUUUUCAGAAUAAGGCUCUGUGUUCAUAGGUAAUUUUAAAAGGUAGAAACACUGCAUGUUUACCCAGCAGCCCAUCCAGAGGUCUCUUGUCUGGCAUCCCUAACGGUGGACCACCGUCCAUAUAAUUAGGCCUCUGCCCAAUGCCAGCAUUUCCGCUAUCCAACCAAUAAGCUGCAGUUCUAUGAAAAAAAAAUGUGUGUGUGAAUUGGGCUGUUGUAACACAACACCGGGCUUUUCCCUAUUUAAAGUGAGACAUUAGGCUGACACAGAGGAAGUGAGUGAGUUUUCCUGAGUCCCCAAGAUGUGAUUAGGGAAGAAAACAAGCCCAUAUCCAGGAAGAUCUCUGGCAGGAAGGAACCAGACAGACUGUAAAACACAAAGUGGCCAUUUCUGUCUUUUUUUAAAUGGAGCAAAAGAACAUUAACAUUAAAGUAGUAAGAAGACGCUGUGGGCUUUAUCAGCAUCUUUGUGGCCUGAUGAAAUGAGUCCUCUGGUGAUCAGCAUUAAUUUAAGGCAGCCCUGCCUGAUAAUUCCCUGUGUAUGUGAAAUGUCUUGCAUUUUUUAUUUUUGAUAUAAUUUACCUUUAUGUUAAUGCCUUAAAUUAUUUGAACUAAAUCUGUAAUAUUCAGAGAACCAUUUAGGGUAUUUGAAUUGCGUUAAGUGGAAGAAAAAGCAAACUCAUCUAUCUCUCUGAUUUACCCAGAAAAACAGACGACUUUCUGGUUUCAUUUUCAUGUCCUUUAUUAGCAUAAUGAUUGUAGUCACUUAUCUUCUUCUAAUGUUAGUAAAUAUGUUCUGUUAGAAAGUUUUGAAAUGUAAGUGAAAAUCUAUUUAAGACAGUAAAGGAAUUGAAUACACCCUUCCAAAAUCAUCAGAUACUGAAAAUGACAGAUAAUUUCUUAAAACCCCUAAUUCCAUGCUACGUUGGUACUUUGAAAAAAAUCCAGUAGCUUACACUUAAAAGAGAAAAAAAACUCUGCAUUAACACUGCAUAUCCUGAUAUGUACCACGUUUUAAGAUGUAACGGUUAUUAUAAUCAGUAAUCAGACAACUUUCAAAAAUGAUACUGUAUUCACGAUAGAAAAAGACAGUCUCACCUACCACAUAGUAGCAUGUGCACAUUUAAAGAGUGAAAGCUCUCUUUUCCUCCUUUUUGCUCAAAAAUUUCUUCAGCUUUUUAGGUUUUAAGCGGUCCCAGAAGCACAUUAAACACAGUGAGAAGUCUUCUUCAAAACAGGUGAGAUGGAAGAUAUGUACAUUUGUGUCAUUUCAUCAGUACGGUAGCUGAAACAUUCCUGAAUUCUAGUCGUAUUAUUAACCCUAACCUUACUAAGUGAAAGUGUAUAAUUUGAGACAAGAACUAAUUUCUUCACAUCAUUAGAGUAUGAUGUGAGCAGUAAGGAACCACUAAGAUGUAAUUUAUUUACAGAAUUGUCCCUUGGCUCUUGAAAUAGGUUAUGUUCCACUAUUCGAGGUCUUCUUAUUGGCAGGCUAUAUCACAUUAUUUUGCUUGGCAAAGCAGAAUGAACUUCGGGAACUGAAAUCUGGCCUGGAGGGGAAUGCAAUGGCAAAAGUCACCAUCAAAUUAAUAGACCAUCUUUCUGAGAGAAAGCUCAUCUUUAGGUAGUUCAAAUCCAAGUUUCAAAGAGCAGCAUGAGGAACUACUAUAACUUGGUGGUGACCAAAGGGUGGUGGGGUCAAAGGUAGAGUAUUCCCAAACCAGUUGUCAUUUUCACUUUCCCUUUAUUUUUGGUAAUAAUUAUGCUUAUGUUCUGUAUGAAAAUGGGAGCCACCAUUAGCCGUAUCCGGAAAACAAUGGAAGCAUAAUUCACAAGGUCGUUCCAAAUUAAGAAAUCCCACUACAUAUUCUGUAAGAUUUCUGGCAAAAAUAAGAUAAAAAUAAAAUAAAGAAGAAUCCUGUGGCAGCUAUUCUCACUGAAAGCCAACCUUAGAGGGCAGGGGUCAUUUUUAGCUGUGCUAGGAUUUACUGCACGAAAAAUGUCGUGGAGCUUGUCGCAUUGCUGACACAGACUGCACCUAUGACCACAGCGCUGUUGAUCAGUGUUUCUCAGUGGGGGUGCUGUUGGCAUUUGGAGCUGGGCAAGUCUUUGUUUACAGAAACGUUCCCUACACUGCAAGAUGUUUUAUAUCCCAAGCCCCUGCUGAGCAAAUGCCAGUAGCAUGCCCAGUCACUGUGAAAACCAAAAGUCAGAAGCGCUCUCCCAUGUUCGAAGGCCCUCCUAAGGCAGUACCACCUCCCUUGAGUCCCACUGUAUACUGCCAUUUGAGGACACACAGCGAAAAAUACCUAUUUCAAAACAUCAUCUGCAUUACUUUGGGCCCUGAAUAGUUUCUUCCCCCUUUAUUUUUCAAGCCUUCUGUUUCAGUGAAGCUUUAAUUUGCCAGUUCCUCAAGGGAGGAGGUUGCUGGGCAGCCUUGGCAGGUUCAAUGGGCAUAGUCACUCGGCUAGUCCCGGUAUGUACUUACAGGAGAAAUUUCAAAUGAAGCAAGCUUUUUUUUUUUUUUUUUUUUUCUGUUUUGGCUUCACCGUUUUUACCUAAGAACUACACUGUUGGUCACCAUCUUUGUCAGUGUCUUGAGGAUUAUUGCAUGGCUUAACCGCAAAUAUAGCUAACAAUCCACAUAAACCAAACUGGUGUGGUCCAUGAAAAUCACCGUUAGGUUUCACCAGUAAGGUACAUCCCUUGAGUUACAAAGCAAUCACCUAUUUAUCCAAUUAAAGAAGCAUUAAAUCCACAUGCAAAUGCUUGAAUUCCUCUCGUAUAACUAUGAUCAUGCAGUUCUUUUUUAAAAUGUAUCAAUACUGAAUUAUGAAGGAAGUGUGGAUUAACUGGAUUGCAUGCAUAUUGUUCAUACUUCCAUGAUGGUCACACACAAAGCAAGAUGAUUUUACCUUGUUGAAACACUGAACUACGCUAACGAUACAGAAACAUACUUAACUCUCUCUGUUGCUUUUUAUCGCCAAAACUGAAUGGUAAAUGAUUUGGAUGAAUUGUGGCUAAUAGAAUGGAAGAAUUAAGCCACUACAAUUUUUCUAAAUACUAAAAUUUCUAAACAUCUUUUUUGAGACAGAGCAACUCAGAGUUGACAAAGGAGGAGGCUAUAUUAUGAACUUUUAGAUGGUGCUUAAGAAUUCUUAUCUUGCUAAAUACCAGUAUUUUUUUCUUUUUAAGAAUAAAUUAAAGGGAGUAAAUGAGGCAGAAUGCCACUCCACCCUCAGGUCAAUUUCAUGGUAUAUUAAAAUGCCAAUAAUAUUUGUGCCACUUGCCAAUUUGGGGGACUUUUCCCUUACUGGAUGAUUUUGUUGUAGUUUGUAUCAUUACGUUGCUUAGAGAGCCUUCACUAAAAGAUGUCACCUUUGCAGUGCUAACUAGCAUUUGAAAACCAUCGGAAUAAAUCUAGGGUCAAACCACUUUCAUUACUUAAAAUCUAGGCACUAAUUUUUAUUUUUAUUUUUUUAAAAUAUUUCUUCUGUGGCUUAGAAAUGUGCCAAUGUGUUCAAAACAUUCUGCACCAGUUUCACCAGAUUUAGUACCUAGCAAAAACUCAAAACUUGUCAUUUUUUUCUAUGUAAUAGUGAUUUUUAAAUAAAGAACUAUACGCAUUCAUUUGUUAUUUUAAUCUUUGGUUAAAGUGAUUAAGAAUGGUAAGCUGUGAUCAUUAUCAGACUGACUGAAUGAUUCCUGAUUUCCAGUAAGUGAUCUAAUUCUACAUAUUACACAGGUACAAUAUCUGUGGGUGUAAAUAACUGGAACUGUACACUGAUUAACAUGACAGUUUCUCUUUUUUUGUUGUUGUUCUUGAUCUGUGCUGUAUUAUAGUAUGUGGGUAUAAAUACCUAUGAGUAUACACAGAUAUGUACAUGUAUUCCACUAUUGUAACCUGAAAGACAGACUAUGUAUUACCUUUUUUAUUCCUUACUGGUGUUUGUGUUAUUUAAAAAGCAAAAUUAUGCUUUAUUUAGUUGUAUAAUAUUAUAGGAUACUUUGCUGUGCACAAUUCCAAGUGCCUUAGAACAUUGUUUAGCUUUCUUACGUAUAUAUAAAUGCAUAUAUGUAUAAAAUCGGGAAAAGUUACCUCAAUAAAAUCAUUGGGAAAUCCCCAA